CUCAAUCUCACCGCACCGCCGCCCUUUCGAACUUUAUAAUCUCAUCGCGCAAUGUUCGGCCGACGAAAGAACUCGGACGUGGGCACUGUGACCACCACCUACACGGAGACGACCAGCCGACGACCCUCUAUCAACUAUAUCCUCGCCUCGCUCCUCACCUUGGCCGGGGCCGUCUUGCUCUGGUUGUGUGCGUUCUCGACCCCGUUCAUCAGGAGCAUCUAUUACAUCGGUCUUCGUGGAGGUGAUGCCGAUCGAUUGGGAACGUUCGGGUACUGCGUCAGACGAGGAUCUAUCCGUUGUAUCCAGAAAGUCGGGUACAACUACCCCCUCAUCCCCGGUAACCCUAACGGUCUCACCGGGUCCUUGAUCAUUACCGCCAUUUCGGCCGGAUUGGCCAGCUUGGCCUUCUUCGGACUGUUGUUCGCCAUCUUUAGGCAGAGAGGCGGCUUCCCUGGGUUCAUCUUGACCUUCCUAUCGGCCUUCCUCGCCGUCGUCUCGUUCGUCCUCGCCUUGAUCGCUUUCGUCACCCUUCACGAGCGAUUGGAGGAUAUCAACAAUGGUCCCGAGUACGGUCCUGCCCUUUGGAUGCACUUGGCCGGUACCGCCUGCUUGCUCCUCGCCGUCCCCCUUGUCCUCCUCGGAUGGAUCCGUCAGCGCAAGGGCAAGCACCAGCACGACGAGGUCUACGUAGCCCCUACCCCGGUCGUCAGGGAGACUUAUGUCGAGCCCGAGCCCGUCAGGGAGACUUAUGUCACACCCGUUACCACCGCGCCGGUCAGGGAGACUUAUGUCGCCCCCACCCCGGCCCCGAUCGUCCCGACCACCUAUGCGCCGCCUGCUACCGCCUACCCUGAAGCGCAGGAACACACUGCGGUCUACAGGACCCCGGAGAACCAGGCCGUCUUCCACGGACAACCCAUCACGACCAGGUACGAAUCCAACUACUCGUCUACCGGAAACAACCAGGGCGUUACCACGGGUUACAACACGUACGAGAGCAACAACAACAACUCGUACCUUGCCAACCAGAGGACUUAUUCCGGUGUCACAACCGCUCCUUUGGCUGCGCCCGUCGCGCCCAGUCACUACCGGGGCGACAGCCGAUACUAAGGAUCCACCUUGGCAAACGGAAUAGCCGGAGAAAAUGGACCUACCAACGGACUACCGUCAUGGACCAUACGAAGACGAAUAUCUCCUUGUAGAACAACCUCGACCGGGCAUCAACGUGUGGUCGACACAUCAAACUUAUAAUUCACCGCCGCAACCGAUUCGUACACGAUGUAUCCACUAUAUAUACGCAUUCUCUGAAAUUGAGAAAUACUUUGUAG